AUGGGUGCUAAAGUGUCUCUCAUCAUUUUCAUUAUGCUCCUUGCUUCAUGUUCAGCCGUCAAGAGGAGGCAAUAUACACCAUGCAAAAACUUGGUCCUCUUCUUCCACGACAUCUUGUACAAUGGAAACAAUGCAGCCAAUGCAACUUCCGCAAUAGUAGCAGCCCCAGAAGGUGCUAACUUAACCAAAUUGGCGAGCCAGUUCCACUUUGGAAACAUAGUGGUUUUCGAUGACCCAAUCACAUUGGACAACAACCUUCACUCCAAACCAGUGGGAAGGGCUCAAGGCUUCUACAUCUAUGACACCAAGAACACUUACACUUCGUGGCUAGGAUUUACGUUUGCCCUUAACAGCACCGAGUAUCAGGGAACCAUCACUUUCGCUGGAGCUGACCCCAUCAUGCAGAAGACAAGAGAUAUCUCGGUGACAGGUGGCACUGGCCAGUUCUUUAUGCAUAGAGGAAUUGCCACCAUUAUGACCGAUUCAUUCGAAGGCGAGGUUUAUUUUCGGCUUCGUGUCGACAUCAAGUUCUACGAGUGUUGGUGA